AUGUCUGCUUUGUUCGCUGCCACCAGAGCUUCUGCCACAGCACUCCGUGCUAAUGCUCCUCGUGUUGCUCGUUUUCAAACCAUUUCAUCAUUACAAUUAGCCCGUCUUUAUUCAUCCGGUAAAUUUCCAAGUCAUACUGUGAUUAAUAUGCCAGCACUUUCUCCAACCAUGACUGAAGGUGGUAUUGCAGCCUGGUCCAAAAAAGUUGGUGAUCAAUUAUCUGUAGGUGAACCAAUUGCAGAAAUUGAAACCGAUAAAGCUUCAAUGGAUUUUGAAUUUCAAGAUGAUGGUUAUUUAGCCAAAAUUUUAGUUGAUGAAGGUGCUAAAGACUUACCAGUUGGUACUCCAAUUGCAGUUUUCGUUGAAGACCAAGCUGAUGUUGCAGCUUUUGAAAAUUUCACUGCUGCCGAUGCUGGUGGUGCUCCAGAACCGGCUGCUGCACCAAAAGAAGAAGAAAAGAAAGAUACUCCAGCCCCAUCUGCUCCAACUGGUGGUUCUUCUGCUCCAGCCUCUUCUGCUCCUUCUAAACCAGUUACUGAUAGAAUCAUUGCAUCCCCAUUAGCUAAAACUAUUGCUUUAGAUAAAGGUAUCUCUUUAAAACAAAUUAAAGGUACUGGUCCAAAUGGUAGAAUUGUUGCUAAAGAUGUUGAAAAUUAUAAACCAGAAGCUGCUGAAUCCCCAGUUGCUGCCACUGCUCCAACUGCUGCUGCUUUUGAAGAUAUUCCAUUAACUAAAAUGAGAAAAGUUAUUGCUUCAAGAUUAUUAGAAUCAACUACUUCUAAUCCAUCUUAUAUUGUUCAAUCUCAAAUUACUGUUUCUAAAUUAUUGAAAUUACGUCAAGCUUUAAAUGCUUCUGCUGAAGAUAGAUAUAAAUUAUCCGUUAAUGAUUUAUUAAUUAAAGCUUUAGCUUUAGCCUCUUUAAGAGUCCCUGAAGCCAAUUCUCAUUGGUUAGGUGAUCAAGGUAUCAUUAGACAAUAUAACACCGUUGAUGUUUCUGUUGCUGUUGCAACCCCAACCGGUUUAAUCACCCCAAUCGUUAAAAAUGCUCAUGCUAGAGGUUUAAUUGAAAUCUCUAAAGAAAUUAAAGAAUUAGGUAAAAAGGCUAAAGCUGGUAAAUUAUCUCCUGAAGAAUACCAAGGUGGUACCAUCUGUAUCUCUAACUUGGGUAUGAAUAACGCAGUUAAUGCUUUCACUUCAAUCAUUAACCCUCCUCAAUCUUCCAUCUUUGCCAUUGGUACCGUCGACAAAAAAGCUGUUCCUUCUUCUGUUAACGAACAAGGUUUUGUCUUUGAAGAUGUCAUCACCAUCACCGGUACUUUCGAUCAUAGAGUCAUUGACGGUGCUAAAGGUGGUGAAUUCAUUAGAGAAGUUAAAAAGAUUGUCGAAAAUCCUUUGGAAUUCUUACUUUAA